AGAGAGAGCGAGAGAGAGAGAGAGAGAGAGAUGCAGUAAAAAGAGGAGGACCUGGCUAAACAGCACAUCACGCAUACUGUAAAAUGCUAUUAGCCCACUAUACAAGGACUCUAGCAUCAAUGUAUUUACUUACAAGUGUUACAUGCGGGCAUAUGUAAAUCCGCAAAAUCACAACGGAUCUGGGAAAGUUAGCUUAAAGGUCUUAGGAAACAGGUCUUAGGUAACCUUAGGUCUUAGGGAACAAGUCUUAGGAAACCUUAGGUCUUAGGAAACAGGUCUUAGGAAACCUUAGGUCUUAGGUAAACCUUAGGUCUUAGGAAACAGGUCUUAGGAAACCCCUCCAAGAGGCCCAACAUGCCGGAGCAGAGCAACGACUACCGUGUGGUGGUGUUUGGGGCCGGCGGCGUGGGCAAGAGCUCCCUGGUCCUCCGCUUCGUCAAGGGCACCUUCCGGGACACCUACAUCCCCACUGUGGAGGACACCUACCGCCAGGUGAUCAGCUGUGACAAGAGCGUGUGCACCCUCCAGAUCACCGACACCACGGGCAGCCACCAGUURCCCGCCAUGCAGCGSCUGUCCAUCUCCAAGGGCCACGCCUUCAUCRUGGUCUACUCRGUCACCAGCCGCCAGUCRCUGGAGGAGCUCAAGCCCAUCUACCAGCAGGUGCUMGCCAUCAAGGGCAGCGUGGACGCCAURCCRGUCAUGCUGGUYGGRAACAAGAGRGACGAYACCCAGCGUGAGGUGGAGACCAKGGAMGGUGAGGCGCAGGCGYCAYCAUGGAAGUGUGCCUUCAUGGAAACCUCMGCCAAGAUGAACUYCAACGUCAAYGAGCUCUUCCAGGAGCUGCUCACCCUGGAGAAGAAGAGGAACAUGAGUCUGAGCAUCGAUGGCAAGCGCUCCGGCAAGCAGAAGCGUGCCGACAAGCUCAAGGGCAAGUGCAGCAUCAUGUAGGGAGGGAGAGUUGAUGCCUGACCCCUAGAAGGAAAGACUGGGGUUGGGGAGGGUGGUGGUGGUGGUGAAAAAGUGUAGAUGUUCUUUAAGAGAGUCACUUCGAGGAAUGGAGGGAAGGUAGGGGUGGGACGGGGCCUGUCUGAGAGGGGUUAUUUUAUCCCGAAAGAGGUGACCCCCCCCCCCCCCCACAAAGAGGCUAUUCAAGUUCAAAGAGAGGAGAAGAUCAAGCCUUGAUGCAAUUCUACUUUGAUGGGGAAAAUGAAAGAAUAUGGAGCCCUGACAAUUGAUAUCCUCUCAAGUUCAGGGCAUUAUUACUAACUCAGAGCCCAUUUCAAUAUUAUUCACACCACGUUCGCCCUCUUCURCUAUAGCUGUCUCUCUCCUGCUAAUAUGAUACACCCUGCAAACAAUAAUGAGUUGUUAAGACGUCCCCAGGACAUCACAAAAUGGUCGCCUAAAGUCGUCAGGAUGUUGUGUCAUGGUCCCCUGGAGGUUUUGUCUAGUUCCCGGUUUGUUCCGAGGAUGUUUUUAGGACGUUCUUGGGACGUUGUGCCAUAGUCCCAUGGAGACUUUGCACUUUAAAUUUAAUCUCAGCACUGUGAAACAUACACUACUACCCGUUUGGGGUCACAUAGAAAUGUCCAUAGAAAGAAAAGCAKAUUUUUUGUCCAUUAAAAUAACAUCAAAUUGAUC